UAUUUUCAAUCUGAAUCUCGUCUUAAGUGAAUAUCCUGAAUUACUUUUCAAGAACAUCAAACAAACACUUUGUUCAACUAUUCUUUACCAUAUUGGAAUACGAUUUCACAAUCCAUAUGUGUUAAGGAUAAUGCCUUCAAAAGAAAAUAUUAAUUUUUCGAGUAGUAUGGAGGCUUCUAAUCCUUCUGUAGAUUUUUUACUGGCUACAAAAGAAUACUCAGGAUUCAUCACGUUUGUUAAUGAAACUCCUCCACCUGAAAAGUACCAGCUGACUCAUUUUCUCUUUCCUUUUUAUGUGUACAUUUAUUUGCUCUUAUUCAAAAAUAAAAAAUUCACAGAAGCACAAAGAUUUGUUUCAACAUAUUCCAGGCUGUUUUUAAAAGCUGAAGGAUAUGGAGAAAUUAUUCAAGAUUUAUUCAAGUUUAAAAAUUUAAAUGAAGUUCAAGAUCAUUCAUAUUUUAAGAAUUUUUGUGAAUACAGAUAUAAAGUCAAGAUUUCUAAAGAUAGCUUGAGACUUCUGAAAAAAUAUUUAGAGGAUGCAGAAUGUAGGAUUUUAAGUCCUAUUUUACAUAGGGAGUUUAAUAUUGAAGUAUCUGAAGAUCAAAGUAAUCAUGAAAAUAUCACUACAUCAUCUGUUGAGAUAAAAGAAUCGACAUGUCAAAGCACUGAAGACCACUUAUCUACAAGAAAUAUCAAUGUUAAAAAGUCGAAAAAUGAGCUUCCAAGCAAAAUCGCCUGUUACCAUUACAGCAUCUUUUGCAGAAAAGAACAGCUUUGCUGUGUUGAUAUCAAUAAAAGGAAUACUCUCUUUGCUGCUGGUUUUGAAAAUUCUGAUAUUCAUGUUUGGAAUAUGGACCCAGAUAUUGUGAAUAAAUCUGUGUCCAAAAAUUUGGAUAUAAGUGAGUCCAAAGAAUGCUUGACAUCAAACUUAAAAGAUAAAACUGCUUCUACAACAAGUGAGAAAUGUGUUCUGAAAGGACAUAAUGGAGGAGUUUAUGGAGUAACUUUUGCUUCUGGUCUGUUAAUGUCUUGUUCUGAGGAUACUACUGCUCGUGCUUGGAGUAUGACUGAUUUUAAAGAUGUGCGUGCAUACUGUGAACAUAAAUAUCCAAUAUGGGAUAUAGAUGUGAGUUCCAAUUGUGCCUACUUUGCGACUGCUUCUCUAGAUUGCACUGCUCGCUUGUGGAGCUUUAAUAGACCUGCUUCUCUCAGAAUUUUUGUGGGUCAUUCUUCUGAUGUAGAUUGUGUUAGAUUUCACUCAAAUUGCAGGUAUUUGGCUACUGCUUCUACUGAUAAAACAAUCCAGCUGUGGGCUAUUGAAAAUGGUUUUUCAGUUCGAAAAUUUUCUGGUCAUGGUGCACGUAUAAAUUCCAUUACUUUUUCACCUGAUGGGAAGCAUCUAGCAUCUGCUGAUGAUAGUGGUUGUAUUAAGGUAUGGGAUCUUGCAUCAGGAAAACUGUACAGUGAAAUUUGUGCCCAUUCCAAGAAAAUUUUAUCCAUAUCUUAUAACACAAACGAUUCUGUGAUUGCUUCGUGUGGUAUAGACAGUUUUGUAAAAAUAUGGGAUGUAAAACAUUCUGUACCUGUUGAUGAGAAAGGGAAGAGUGAAGCUACAUUGUUGGUUGAUUCAUAUUCUGUUGAUUCUGUGCCACAUUAUGUUCGUUUCUGCCAGAAAGAUUUUUUGAUAUCUGUCGGAACUCAAACAAGGACAGAUAAUUAAUUUUUGGUAAUAAUAUAUUUGUUUGAAUAGCAUUGGAGCAUAUUGCGGAGCAAAUAUAUGGAGCUUAGAUGAAUACCUCUGAAAUGAACUUUAAGAACACUAAAUGGAACACAUUGGAUUCCAUUUAGUAUUCUAUUUUAAUUAGUUUUCACUUUGGUGCUAAAAAAAUCAUUUUUUUCACCAGUAUUUAUUGUAGAUCCCUCAGCUUCAAUUUCAACACAGAAUAUUCAUUAUGACUUCAGUAUCAUAAAGAAACUCAGACUUUAUACUUAUUUAAGAAAGUACAAAAAUUUUUUGUAUCUCUCUCCCUCAACAAACAAAGCACCGUAAGCCUGUACAUUUUUCAUAAGUUUUAUUUCUUGUCUUUUGUUUAUAGUCCUUGAUAAUAUGUGGACCACAUCAUCAAAUGAAACCUGCAAUGUUGAAUUUAUACAUUUACAUAAACAAUGAAUUGAAACUAAUAAUUUAUUUUAAUUAUAAUUUCGUUAUGUAGAAUAUUGAUUUGUAGCAUUUGAAAUUAAAUUCCCUUCAAACAUUAUCUUAAUGUAAUUAAAAAUAAUAAUAUUAAGGAUUAUUUUUGUGAAUGCAAUCAUGUAUACCUCUGCUUUCCCAUAAUGUAAACUUGAAGUAUCAUUGGAUAUAAUAUAAAAUAUUGAAAUUACUAUGUGAAUAGAAAAAUGGCAAUUAUUAUAAUUUGAAAUAUGAAACAUAUAAUUUGUGAAAUUACUGUUCCUGGAAAUAAUGAUCUUAUGAAGCCCUUUUAUGCAAUACUUAACCUUUAAAAAUGUUCUUCCUCCAAGUUUUUUAUCCUUCAAGGGCAUGUAUGAUUUAUUUUACAUUGUGAAAAUGAAGCUAAAUCAUGUAUGAAUUCAUAAAAAAAGAGGAUUAAAACUUUUGCUGCCACCUAUAGUCUUGAUUAGAUAUUUUAAUAUAUAUAUAUAUAUAUAUAUAUAUUAAGACCUAAAAAAUAUUCUGAAAGAGGUGGUUUAUCAAAUAUCCACUACCACUAAAAGUGCAAACAGGAUAAAAGAGGCAAAAGGCCUAAUUUUGAGGAUUUUUGCUUUUUGUAUUUAUGAUAAUUGCUAAAUAAUAGGUUAUUGCAAUUGUAUUUAGUAGUAUCUUUUGAAUAUUGUGAUUAAAACACUAUACUAUAUUGUGUGUGUAUAUAUAUAUAAAUACACUAUAGUAUAGUAUAUUGUGUAUAUAUAUAUUAUCACUAUAUUGUGGAAGAAUCGUAAUGAAAAUUGAUUACUGUAUGAUAAAAUCUAUUUUUGUUUAAUCAGAACUUUUAUUUUUUUAUUUAAUUCUGUAAAUGAUGUUAUAAUUUUGAUAUCAAAUGAAUCUCUGUGGUGGAUAAUUUAAUUCAUCAAAUAUAUGAUCAUACAUU